CUCUUCCACAGCCCUAACGACACACCAUGGGCCCAGAGGCGGGUUGGCAGCACAGCAGCGACGACGCAGGCGGCGGACCCGGCGACUCUCAACUGCCUCCCUGACCGCAGCGACCACAGCCCGACAUCCCAAAAAGCCAUCGAAACAAACGACAGGAAAAGCUUCGGGCUCCAAAAUCACCUUCGCGACCGACUCAAGAUACGUCAACUAUGGCGGGCGAGAGGCGACGGGCGGAGCCGGCGAGGGAAGGAUGGGGGCUGUACGUCACGCCCAGGGCCCCCCUGCGGGAAGGGAGGCACAGGCUCGCCGCUCAAAAUGGCGGCGGCAGUGACGCGCCUGCGUACGGAACGCCUUCGCCGUCGCGCCAGGGCCGGCGGGAAGUGAGGUUCUCGGAAGAACCGCCAGAAGUGUACGGCGACUUCGGACCCCGGGUGACCAAAGAAAAGUCCCCGGUAGGAAGACAAGUCCCGCUAGAAGAGUUCCGGCCUGAUUCUGUGAAAGAGGAAGUGAGAGAAAGCACUUAUUACCUUCGGUCUCGGCAGCGGCGGCAGCCGCGACCCCAGGAAGCCGAGGAGAUGAAGACGCGACGGGCUACUCGCCUACAGCAUCAGCACUCACAGCCGCCUCCAUUUUCGACCAGAAGUUCACGGGACUCUCCUUCCUCUGAAGAGGAUGAACCAUCUUCGCAAACUGUUUCAAGCCAAAAGGUCUCAAAGAAAACUAUCCAGAGAACACAAACUCCAGUGGUGAGUGAAGAUCCUGUCAUCAGCCUGUGUAGACCCCCUUUAAGAAGCUUCAGAUCUGAUUUGGCAUACGAAACAAAUGGAAAUACUAAAAUGAAUGAAUUAGAAGUCACUAGUGUUCAGCAGAAGGUCAAUUUCUCUGAAGAAGGAGAAACUGAAGAUGAUCAAGAUAGCUCUGUCAGUGUUGGAACUACUAUUGAGGUCAGAUCCAGGGAUUCUCUUGAUUCUAGAGAGAAAAAUACUAGACCAUCAAGUCAAUACCCAGAAUCACUUUGGCGGUCACCACAAAGUCGAGACUUCACAGCUCUUCAUAAGCAAACUCCAGUGCUAAGCUCAGGGUAUCAAAAAAACCCUCAGGAAUGGGUUGAACAAACCCCAAGAAUAAGGCCAAGGACUAGGAUGCAAACAUCAGCACCAGACAAGAGUUCAAUAUAUGGCAGUUUUUCAGAUGAUGACAGCAUUCAGAAAUCAGAGCUUGGAAACCAGUUUCCUUCAACCUCGAGCCAUCAAGUGACUGGACAACCCAAAAAUUCAUCCUUUGUCAAAAUGAAGUGGUGGUGGCCACUUGUUCUGAUAGCUGCUCUUGCCAGUGGGAGGUUUUUGUUCACUCGUACUCCUGAGGUAGAAGCCUCUGCUGUUAAAGAGUUCCAGAACCAGAUGAAACAGCUUAUGAAUAAGUACCAAGGUCAAGAUGAGAAGCUCUGGAAGAGGAGCCUAACAUUCCUAGAAAAACAUCUUAAUAGCUCCCAGCCUCGGCCUCAGCCUGCUAUCUUGCUGCUCACUGCUGCCCGAGAUGCUGAGGAAGCACUCAAGUGUCUGAGCGAACAAAUUGCUGAUGCCUAUUCUUCCUUCCAUAGCGUCCGUGCCAUCCGGAUUGAUGGGGCAGGCAAAGCUACUCAAGACAGUGAUACUGUCAAACAAGAGGUAGAUCAGGAGUUGAGCAAUGGAUUCAGAAAUGGCCAGAAUGCAGCUGUGGUACACCGCUUUGAGUCACUGCCUGCAGGCUCCACUUUGAUCUUCUAUAAGUACUGUGACCAUGAAAAUGCUGCCUUCAAAGAUGUAGCCUUAGUCCUGACUGUCUUGCUGGAAGAGGAGACACUUGGAACCAGUCUAGGCCUAAAGGAAGUUGAAGAAAAAGUGAGAGAUUUCCUUAAAAUCAAAUUCACCAACUCUGACACACCCAGCUCCUACAAACAUAUGGAUGCAGACAAACUGAGUGGACUCUGGAGCCGUAUUUCACACUUAGUCCUGCCAGUACAACCUGAAAAUGCCCUGAAAAGGGGCAUCUGCUUGUAAGGGGUGAGAGAAGAGAAAAUCAUGUCUCAAGUUCUGAGAAUUUUUCAGAUUUUUCUAAGCAGAGAUAGGACUCAGAGCUCUUUUUGAAAAAAGUUUUUUUUAAAAAGAAGUUAAGUUCUUAAAUAAGUAUGGAACACCUAAAUCAUUUAUUCAAUGCGAUCAUCUUUUUUAAAAGAAUCAUUUCCCUAUUUCAUUAUGAUCUGCAUUGAUGGCAUAUGAGAACUAUAAAUUAUAUGCAGUCACAUGAGGGUCUGUUUAGAUUCUGGGUUGAGUCAUUCUUUUGCUGUGGUAUAACCAGUGGAUGGUAUUAGGCUCUUUCCUGUGAAUCUUCCCAAUUUUUUAACUUAGGUUUUUCACAGAGCUUGUUGGGUUAUUUAGUAAGUAGCUCUUACCUAAAUGCAACCCUGUUUUGUUCUCUUAUAUAUCAUUUAACUGUGAGUUCCUUAGCUUCUGCUUAUAGGAACAAAAAUAAUGGAAGGUCAUCUGAGUGUGUGUUUGGAGGGUGAGAAAAGGAGGCAGUAAGAGAGAGAAAUUGUGAAAUGAGGAAGGAAAGGGGGAAAAAAGUCUCCAUGAUGAAAUGUUAAAAUAAGCCAUUGACACUUAGGUUAGUCAAACAUAUAUGAACAGUGAAUUCUGUUGGCAAUUGUUUUUCAGGUGUCCUUUUUUCCCCUUUAAGAAUUUUUUUGGUCCUCCCAAGGAUUGGGAAAAUGUAUAUCACAAAGUUUAGUGUAUUUGUUCAUUUGACUCUUAUGGGUAGAUAAAUUCAGAGCAUUUUGUUUUGGACAUAAUCGUGAAGCUUUUGUUUUAAAUUAAGAAAUAUAAUUUCAGGACUUCAUCAACCAUUUGUUAACCACUUUCCUGGGCUACUGAAGGAUUUAAUUCCUGCAUGUCCACUGGUUGUAGACUAAGUCCUUUAAUGACACUCUUAUAGCAGAUGUAAAGAUUUGCUAUACAUGUGGUAAAUCUUAUUAAGAGGGCCUCAAGAAAAAAAAAGUGAACUUUAUAUAUGAAGAAUGUUAAAAUGUACUGCUGUACAUUACUAUACUACUACAGUAUUUCAGUUGUAACUGCAUCUAUAACAGCUUUCUCAUCUGUCAACUGUUCUGGUUUUCUUAGAAUCUUAAAAUCUAGAUCUACCUUUUUUUACUUAAUUGCCUGCACACAUUUAAAUGAAAACAUUAAAGUGUUUUCUAAAAUAAUAGAGCCAAUCAUAGGCUUCAUCACUUAACUUUUGAGAAUACCAUGACUGAUAGUAGUGUGUGGUACAGCUUCUUCCCGCUAGGACCACCAGGAUUCAUAAAUUUAUACUCCCUAUUGUAAUUUGUUCUGGACUGUCAGAAAUCAGAUCAUCUGAUUUAUAGAGGAUUCUAAAACAAAAGUUUUCGAAAAGGCUUGUUUUAUACAUAUAUAUGUAUAUACAUAUACACAUAUAUAUUAUAUGGAAAAAAAAUGUUUUUAUUAAAUGUUUCACUGACCAAAAUAAUUUUAAAGUAAUUAACAUUACUUAUAUCUUUCAGGAAAAAUUAUUGUUAGCAGUUGAUCUGUAAAUGACUUUAAGAGCUAUUUUAGUAAUUUAAAUAAAUUUGCUUUCUUGGUUUGUACUCUCUG